GUUCAGUGUAUCUUUGCCUGCCUACAUCAAUCUGCAAGGGAGUUGCAGAAAAGCCUCAUGUUCAUCGAGCCGAGAUGAAACCAGACAGAGGGUCAAGUUUACAGAUGACCGUGUCUGCAAGAGUCACCUCCUGGACUGCUGCCCCCAUGACAUCCUGGCUGGGACGCGCAUGGAUUUGGGAGAAUGUACAAAAAUCCACGAUCUGGCCCUUCGAGCAGAUUAUGAGAUUGCAAGUAAAGAGAGAGACCUGUUCUUUGAACUGGAUGCCAUGGAUCACUUGGAGUCCUUCAUCGCAGAAUGUGACCGGAGGACUGAAUUGGCCAAGAAACGGCUGGCGGAGACACAGGAGGAGAUCAGCGCUGAAGUCUCUGCGAAGGCAGAAAAAGUGCAUGAGUUGAAUGAAGAAAUAGGAAAACUCCUUGCUAAAGCUGAGCAGCUGGGGGCAGAAGGGAAUGUGGACGAAUCCCAGAAGAUUCUUAUGGAAGUGGAGAAAGUUCGAGCGAAGAAGAAGGAAGCUGAGGAGGAGUACAGGAACUCCAUGCCUGCGUCCAGUUUCCAGCAGCAGAAGCUGCGCGUCUGCGAGGUGUGCUCGGCCUACCUGGGACUACACGACAACGACCGCCGUCUGGCAGACCACUUCGGGGGCAAGUUACACCUCGGCUUCAUCCAGAUCCGCGAGAAGCUCCGUCAGCUGAGGAAAACCGUGGCUGAGAAGCAGGAGAAGAGAAACCAGGACCGUCUGAGGCGGCGAGAGGAGCGGGAGCGGGAGGAGCGGCUGAGCAGGAGGUCUGGAUCAAGAACCAGAGAUCGCAGGAGGUCACGCUCCCGGGACCGGCGUCGGAGGCGGUCGAGAUCUGCCUCCCGAGAGCGGAGGAAGCCUUCCCGGUCCCGGUCCCGAGACAGACAGCGGCGCCCCCGCAGCCGUUCCCGGAGCCACAGCCGGGGCCACCGCCGGGCCUCCAGGGACCGGAGUGCGAGGCACAAGUUCUCCAGAGAGCGGGCAUCAAGAGAGGAGCCCUGGGAAAGCGGGCGGAGCGAGCGGGGGCCUGCCGACUGGAGGCUCGGGAGCUCCAACGGGCAGGCGGCUUCGCGGCCAUCAGAGGAGAAGGAGGCCGGCGAGCUCUGAAGCUGUGCGGCACUGUGAAUAGUCUGACGGGUGUUCCGAACAGCCCGCAAGUCCUUUAUACUCGCUGGGUGCCCCUUCCUUUUUGUAGUUAACACCUCUUGUUUCUGAGCUCGCCGUGAGUUCCUAGAGCCGUGCGGAGUCUCCCAUGUUCUGGGCUCUGUGGAUCAGGGUGAAUAAAUAUGUCGGAUGCCCCCUGA